UCAUCUCCUCCUGCGCAACCACCUUCUCCCAAUCCCCACACAGCAUCCCUACCCACUCACAACCCCCUACCCGCGCCCCCUGGAGGACCGGAGCCUCCCAAACCCGCGCCCCCUGGAGGACCGGAGCCUCCCAAACCCGCGCCCCCUGGAGGACCGGAGCCUCCCAAACCCGCGCCCCCUGGAGGACCGGAGCCUCCCAAACCCGCGCCCCCUGGAGGACCGGAGCCUCCCAAACCCGCGCCCCCUGGAGGACCGGAGCCUCCCAAACCCGCGCCCCCUGGAGGACCGGAGCCUCCCAAACCCGCGCCCCCUGGAGGACCGGAGCCUCCCAAACCCGCGCCCCCUGGAGGACCGGAGCCUCCCAAACCCGCGCCCCCUGGAGGACCGGAGCCUCCCAAACCCGCGCCCCCUGGAGGACCGGAGCCUCCCAAACCCGCGCCCCCUGGAGGACCGGAGCCUCCCAAACCCGCGCCCCCUGGAGGACCGGAGCCUCCCAAACCCGCGCCCCCUGGAGGACCGGAGCCUCCCAAACCCGCGCCCCCUGGAGGACCGGAGCCUCCCAAACCCGCGCCCCCUGGAGGACCGGAGCCUCCCAAACCCGCGCCCCCUGGAGGACCGGAGCCUCCCAAACCCGCGCCCCCUGGAGGACCGGAGCCUCCCAAACCCGCGCCCCCUGGAGGACCGGAGCCUCCCAAACCCGCGCCCCCUGGAGGACCGGAGCCUCCCAAACCCGCGCCCCCUGGAGGACCGGAGCCUCCCAAACCCGCGCCCCCUGGAGGACCGGAGCCUCCCAAACCCGCGCCCCCUGGAGGACCGGAGCCUCCCAAACCCGCGCCCCCUGGAGGACCGGAGCCUUCCAAACCCCCGACCCCUGGAGGACCGGAGCCUCCCAAACCCGCGCCCCCUGGAGGACCGGAACCUCCCAAACCCGCGCCCCCUGGAGGACCGGAGCCUUCCAAACCCCCGACCCCUGGAGGACCGGAGCCUCCCAAACCCGCGCCCCCUGGAGGACCGGAACCUCCCAAACCCGCGCCCCCUGGAGGACCGGAGCCUUCCAAACCCCCGACCCCUGGAGGACCGGAGCCUCCCAAACCCGCGCCCCCUGGAGGACCGGAACCUCCCAAACCCGCGCCCCCUGGAGGACCGGAGCCUUCCAAACCCCCGACCCCUGGAGGACCGGAGCCUCCCAAACCCGCGACCCCUGGAGGACCGGAGCCUCCCAAACCCGCGCCCCCUGGAGGACCGGAACCUCCCAAACCCGCGCCCCCUGGAGGACCGGAGCCUCCCAAACCCGCGCCCCCUGCCGGACCGGACCCUCCUCAAUCCGCGCCCCCUGCCGGACGGGAGUCUCCCCAACCCGCGCCCCCUGCCGGACCGGACGCUCCUCAACCCCCGCCCCCUGGAGGACCGGAGCCUCCCAAACCCGCGCCCCCUGCCGGACCGGACCCUCCUCAAUCCGCGCCCCCUGCCGGACGGGAGUCUCCCCAACCCGCGCCCCCUGCCGGACCGGACGCUCCUCAACCCCCGCCCCCUGCCGGACCGGAGUCUCCCAAACCCGCGCCCCCUGCCGGGCUGGAGGUCCUUCCGAUCCGCGCCCCCAGGCGGCAGCGCCAUUUUAUUGGUCAAGAUGGCGGUGUUGGGAUUGGGUUUGGUGGGAGAUUGUGGGGGGGAGGGGGUCCAGGGUCGUCAAAGAGAAAACCACCGAUUUGA